AUGAGAAAUGCAAUGAAUAUACUUUGUGAUGGCUAUAAUGCUUUGAAGGACCUACGAAAUGAGGAAGAAUCAACUUUAAAAUAUCUUGGUCUAGACGGAAUAGAAUCAAUUGAAAGAGUCAUCAUAGAAAUGAAACACUUACACUAUUAUGAAGACAAACAACUACUCAGAGAUUAUUUACAACAAUUAAAAGGUGGUAGAGAUAAUAAUCAACAACAACCCCAUCAAAGAAGCAAUAAUCCUCUAAAGAAUCUGAUAGGCUGGAUCAAAUCACCAAAAGACAAUAAUUGA